UUAUACACAUGUUAUAGAUUAUUUUCUUUUGUUGAUCCCAUGAUGCUAAUAAUAAAUAAAUAUAACAAACAAUAGGCUUCGCAAAGUUUACAUGAGCUAAUUAUGUUUUUUGUGUGGGACAUGAACUCUAUGUUUUUUUCUACAUCAAGGAUAGCUCAUGUAUUUAACAAUAGGUUAAGAAUAACAACGAAUGUUUUGACACUACCGAAAACCUGUGUGAAGGUGAUUAACUAUCUUAUAAAGUUACACAAGCGGUACUGUAAAUGAGGUGCUGUUUUGAGGUGCUGUUUAAAGAAGCCAUUGCAUUGUAGAUUUUUCAAUAAAACAAUUUGUGUUAUAAGGUCAGAUAUUAUAUUUUGUAGCAAGUUAUCAAAAUGAGUAAUACCAGAAGAACAAAAUUAACAAGUGAUUCGGAUGACAGUACUGAAGAUCUGAUUAUUAAAGAUGACCCAUCACCUCAUGGGAUGUUAACUACUGAGCCCAGCCUUAACUAUGUUGUUGAAGUUCCUAAUUAUACAAGCAAAAAAAAGUGCCAGUCAGUAAACAAAACUCUUUUUUUAGUUGUACUUUUGUUGUUAUUGGUUUGCACAAUAUUUAUCUAUCUUUAUUUUCAUGAACGCCACAUGAACUCACACAUUACGAACAAGUAUUGCACCUCCGGAGGGUGUGUCGAAUCAGCAGCAUUUAUCCAAUCAUCAAUUAAAGAAACUGUAAAUCCUUGCAAAGAUUUUUAUCAAUUUGCAUGUGGAGGGUGGUUAUCAAAAAAUCCAAUACCUGACAAUAAAAUAAGGUGGUCAAUUGACUCUGUUCUUCAUAAUAAAAAUAUGCUAAUUCAACGAAGUAUUCUAGAGAAUGCUUCAGUGCAACAGAAUAUACUGGGAAGUGUUGCAGAACAUAACACAUACAAAUUGUACCAAAGUUGUAUGAAUAUGACACGUAUUAACAGAAUUGGCACACAACCAUUAACUAAGUUGUUAAAAGAAGCAAGACUGAAAAUAGAUCAAUCUGGAGAUAAAAGAAGCAAAAUACGAACAUUGAUGCAUAACGUAUACAAUUCUACAAGCAUAACGUCAUUUUUUGAUGUCUCAGUGGGGAUUGAUGAUAAAAACUCAAAAGUGUAUGUAUUAAAGUUUUCUCAAGCUGGCUUGAGUCUUCCAAUGUUUCGAUACAAGAACAGCUCUGAUAUUGUUAUCAAGGCAUACAAAGCAUAUUUGAUUCAAUUAUACUCAAGACUUAACCAGGAGUUGACGACAGAUAAAACAACAACCAUUGUUAAUGAUGUUUUAACUUUCGAAAGACAGUUAUAUAAGAUCUUUGUGCCUAUGGAGGAGAGGACUACCAUCGACAAGACAUACCACCGUUCAACAUUAGCUAAUCUGGAUAAAAUGGUUCCUAUGGUAGAUUGGACAGCGUUUAUGAAAUUCAUAUACAAAGAUACAUCUAUAAAAAUUAACUCAAGUGAAGUUAUUCUCAUUCCAACAUUGAAGUAUUUUCAAAAGCUUCAAGGCGUGUUAGAAAACACAUCAUUCAGUGUGAUCAAAAACCACGCUUUGCUUCAUGUUGCUGCUGCAUAUGCUGACUUACUGACUGAUGAUAUCAUUUUGAUGCAAAAAAACUUAAGCAUUGCAAAGUUUGGUGUUUAUGAAAAACUUCCUCGUUGGAAGAGAUGUUUGUUUGCAACAGAUAACGGUCUAGGCAUGGCAUUAGGUGGUAUGUUUGUCAAAAAAGCAUUUGCGCAGAAGAGUAAAACAGAGGCAAACAGCAUGGUAAAAAGAGUACGUGAUGCAUUCACAGAAACACUUUCCAACCUCGAUUGGAUGGACAGUGUUACUCAAAAAGCUGCUAAAGCAAAAGCGCAAAUGAUUGCACAAAAAAUUGGCUAUCCACAUUACAUUUUGGACCCAAAGAAAUUGGAUGAACAUUAUAAGGGGGUGAACUUGAAUGCGAUGACAUAUUUUGAGAAUGUAUUACAACUCACGCGACAUCAUGCAGAAAAAGAUUUCUUCGUGCUGCGUGACAAGGUGAACAAGAUGAAAUGGUUCAUGACGCCACCGACAAUAAAUGCAUACUACAGUCCAAGCAACAACCAGAUAGUAUUUCCGGCUGGUAUUCUUCAACCACCUUAUUUUAAAGCUGAUUACCCAAAGGUGGUCAACUACGGAGGCAUGGGUUCGGUUAUUGGUCAUGAAAUAACUCAUGGUUUUGACAAUGAUGGUCGAUUGUAUGACAAGUUCGGUAAUUAUCAUGGUAUAAACAAUUCUUGGUGGACAAAGUCGUCCGUUGAUGGAUUCGAAAAGAAGAAGAAAUGUUUUGUGGAUCAAUAUCAAAACUUUAUUGUUGUUGAGGGAAAACAUAUUAAAGGUAAUGUUACACUUGGGGAGAAUAUUGCCGACAACGGAGGUUUGAAAGCGUCGUAUAAGGCGUAUAAAACUUGGGUAAAGGAAAAUGGUGAAGAAGCUUUACUUCCUGGUUUGAAGAGGUCAAAUGAUCAAGUCUUUUUUAUAGCUUUCGCGCAAUCGUGGUGUUCCAGGGAGUUACGAUCGAUGUUGGUGGAACAGAUUGAGGUUGAUGUACACAGUCCAGAAAAACAAAGAGUGAUUGGGUCCCUGCAAAAUGAACCAGAUUUCGCCAAAGCUUUUAGUUGUCCCAGUGGUAGCUAUAUGAAUCCAGUAAAGAAAUGUUCCAUUUGGUGAGGUGAACAUUACGACAUCAAGAAGCGUUUCUUUAAUUUCGCUCAUCUUGUUGUCAUCGCACCAUUGCACAGUUAUAUAUUUGUAUAAAUGAAUUCUUAUUCGAUGUGGGUACAGAUGAAAACUUACAGUAGGAUUACCAGAAGUACAGUGCAGAGCCUCAAUGUUGUGUUUAAAUUCUGUAAAACUUGCCGUCUAAGAAACGAACGUGUAUAUAGUAGUCCCGUAACUUGAAAAAAGUAUUUUGGAAUAUAAUAAUAACUCAUUGAAAUGUUUUUUUCUGCCGUCAUUAUUCGAUUUUGUACCUGAUAAGCUUGAAUGAUUUUUGGGAGAUUUUAAAAGCAGAAGUGUGUGCCCGACAGAGCUCUUGUAUGACAAAACACGAUAAUAACUGGUGUGCCAAAGAGGGACGAGGUUAAAUAUUAGACUUCAAAAAGAUAGCUUAUUCCAGAUGCCACUAAAACGAAUAAUUACGGUACGGAAGUAUAAGGUAUUUAAGUUUUAUUUAAUUUAAUGACGAAGUUGUAGUUUGUCUUUUUUUAUGUUAAGUAGUUGCUUUUGUUGUUGUUUUUGUUGUUUUUGUAGAAUUUCAUUUUUUACAUGAUGAAAAUAAUACACUUA